AUCGCGAUUGCCGUAGUGGCGGCUCUUCUCAUCGUCACCUGCUGUUUUUGCAUCAUCAAGAAAUGUUGCUGCAAGAAAAAGAAGAACAAGAAAGGAAAGAAGGGCAAGGAUGGCUUCAACAUGAAGAAUAUGCAGGGUGCAGAUGUAUGUAAAAUGAGCAGGGCCAAAAGGAUCCAACCACCAAACAGACCACAAUAAAGAUGAGAUUUCACCAUAAUUUGCUGGACAGGAGAAACUGCUUAUGCUUAAAUUCUGUUUCUGUACUGCAUUGAUCUAUUCGCAGUGCUUUAGAGUUAAUUGUACAGAAGUGGACCGAUCUAGCUCAGUGGUUUUAUCCACAUGAAAGCCUGAUGUCAAUGAAAAUGAUUUACAGAUUCUGCUGAGUUGACAAGAAAUAAGAACAGAUGUGUGUGAAAGAAAAAGUCCAUCCAGUCAUAUUUUUUUGCGACUUCAUUUCCUGUGUUGUGAGUAACGUGGGUGUUGUAUCUCAUUGUGUUCUCUGAUGAGAAAAGACACACUGACAAAGCAGUAAAUGAGCGCCAAGUGGUGUGAUGAGAAAAGUACAGUAAACAUAUCCAAGCAUUUCUUGAACUUUGAAUAAAAAGUCCUCCAGUCUUGCGCUCAUCCUUAGGAACAUAAACAGAGUUCCUUUUAUGUUGUGUGUCUUUUCUCAGACUGGUGUUCUUGGUGUUGAUGUGGCUCUCUCUGCUGUCUCUCAUUCUCCUGGUGUGUCUCUUGAGUUCAUCCUCUCCCUCUCUCUCUCUCUGCUCCUUUCCCUCCCGCUUUGUGUCUUGUGUGUGCGUGCCACUUUGCGUGGCGCUCAUGGCUGGCGGCACUACGAAACAACAGGACGACGACGAUGAGGACGGAGAGACCGGUUUAACUGAGGAAGAGAAAGAAGAAGAGGAAAAGGAGCAGGAGAAACUGGGCAAGCUGCAGUAUUCUUUGGAUUAUGACUUCCAGGACAAUAAGCUGACAGUGGGGAUCUUGCAGUGUGCUGACCUGAUUUCAAUGGACUCUGGAGGAACCUCUGACCCUUACGUUAAAGUCUUUCUCCUACCUGACAAAAAGAAGAAGUUUGACACCAAGGUGCACAAAAAGACACUGAAUCCUGUAUUCAACGAGACUUUUGUUUUCAAGGUGCCCUAUCAGGAGCUGGGAGGAAAAACUCUGGUUAUGUCUGUUUAUGAUUACGAUCGUUUCUCCAAGCACGACAUCAUUGGUGAAGUCAAACUGCCCAUGAACACAGUGGAUUUGGGACAGCCCAUUGAGGAAUGGAAAGACCUGGAUAGUGCUGAGAAGGAAGAGCCAGAGAAGCUUGGUGAUAUCUGCAUUUCACUAAGGUAUGUCCCCACUGCCGGUAAGCUGACUGUCUGCAUUCUGGAGGCCAAAAACCUGAAGAAAAUGGAUGUGGGUGGAUUAUCUGAUCCAUAUGUGAAGAUCCAACUGCUACAGAAUGGCAAGCGUCUAAAGAAGAAGAAGACCACAGUGAAGAAGAAUACACUGAACCCGUAUUAUAAUGAGUCUUUCAGCUUUGAGAUCCCACUGGAGCAGAUGCAGAAAAUCCUUGUGGUGGUCACCGUCUUUGACUAUGACAAAAUCGGUAAGAAUGAUGCCAUUGGAAAGCUCUUCAUUGGCAGCAAGGCCUCGGGCACAGAGCUGAAGCACUGGUCUGACAUGCUGGCCAACCCACGUCGCCCUAUCGCUCAGUGGCACACCCUGAAAGAGGAAGAGGACAUAGACGCCACACUGGCUGGUCUCCACGCCAAGAAGUAACUUCACCGCUCUACUAAUUCAACUAAUCAACUAACCUCCCUCCUCAACCCAUCCAAACCCAGCCACCACUGCAUGAACACGGACCAACCACUGCCCAUACCUUCUCCGAAUAAUGUUCAGAAUAAUGUACUUGAAAAAGUUAACAUUGCUGAAUGUAAAAACACCAUGUCUCCCCAAAAAACGGUUCAUCCUGUAGUGUACUGUGUACUGAGUGGAAGCGUGGUUGAAGGAGACAAGUUUUGUCAUUCCAAAGCAGAGGGAUAUUUGCACAUUUCAUUUCACCUUCAUAACAUAGACAUGCAAUCUUCAUCUUCUAUGGUCAGUUACCAUCAACAAAGCAAAUUGAUUCAAUGAAAUAAUAUCAUUGCGUGUAUAUAAGAGCAAGAAAUUGCUUAAAAAAUCUGACUACCUGAUAAAAUAUAUUGAAAUAAUACAGUAAUAACAUAUAUAAACAAUUAUAUUCUAUAUUUUUCACACCUUAUGUAUCAAUAUUUAUUGGUUUCAGUAAAUGAUGGGUAGCCUUGACACUACAAGGCUUUUAACUGGUUCUCUGUGCUGGGAUAUAAGGCAAUAUAUACAAUUUACACAAUUUAGCGAGCUUCAUAUUUCUCAUGAGAAGUAAAGUACGUCCAAUGAAAUUGUUUACAUGGUGUAUGUAAAUUCUUACGGCUGCUAGACUCGACUUUAGCUUUUAGAAAAUCUAAAGGUUAAAUGUACUUUUGAGACGAAAGAAGAACCAGGGCUACUGUUUUAAUUAUUUAUUUAUCUAUCUAUUUAUCUAUUUAUUUAUUUUAGAAAGCGUUACAGCUAACAUGGUGGCCUACCUGUUGAAAAACAGUCUAAUAACACAAAAUAAAUAAUAGUACUAUACACUAAACCUAUACCCUUUAAAUCUGAUUUAGAAAGGAUUAAAUAGUAGAGAUUUUUGUAAGGAUUUUAAUAGAGAUUAUCCUGGUUAUAUUGCCUUAUUCAAUAAGGACUAAAUUUACUUACAUUAACAUACCAUUUACAAUCCACUUAAACUUUCCAAGAACGCUUUAUAAGAACAAAUCAGUUGCCAUCGCCGAGUAUGGCCAUUAAUUUACAGAAGCUUCAAAUCCAUUUUCCAUUUUCUUGAUUGGUGUAAUAUAUAUAAUGACACAAUUUAAGCCUCUGAUUAGUUCACUGCCUUGUUUGUUUGAAGGAACUUUGCCUACAAUCCCAAACAAACUCAUUCAACACCAUACAGUCAGAAAACAUUUGCCAUUUGAAAUGCCAAAGUAAUAACGCAGGUUUAAUAUGAAGGGACGCGGUUCACUGGAGAUUCGACAAACAUCGUCUUAUCUCCGUUAUUUUAUGUUAGAAAUCGAGGUGAGAGGCAACACUUAGUUCAGUCCAUUAACGGCCACUUCUUUCCCUCUGCUCUCCCCUAAUUGUGCUGUACAUAUGCGUUGAUAAAACUUUGUUAAUACAGCAUGUGUCUAUACCUUGAUGUACAUAGAAGCAUGUUUUGAAGAUAGAGCAUAUAUUGUGUAUGUGUGGCAUUUGUCAUUUUGAUAAUAAAACGUAGAGGAAAAAUACAACGACUGCACAUUUUAUUAAAUUCCCCAAAGCGGGUAUAGGAAUUACUGUAAAUCUUUAGCUGGAGAUUUAAAGCCUUUCAGGUUACUUUAUUUUCCUCGGAGUGUUACUCGGAGCUGUGUGCUAAUUUUGUUUUAUUCAAAUGUGCCAUAUUUAUUGUGGUUGUGUUUUGUGAUUUGAUUGUUGAUUUGUGAGCUUUGUCAUGCUUUCUUUAUGGUCAUUUUAUGUCCAAUCAACAUUUCUUUGUUAUUUCUUUUCUGUUUUUCUGUCCGAUAUGUUACGUUAAGUUCUGUUCUGUUAUGUUUGUGAAUACAAUGCUAAAUUUGAUUUUUCAGUGUUUUUCUGGUUAAAGAAACCUGUGUGUAUUUACAGUAAGAAAAGCUAAGUCAGAAGCCAUAUGUGUGGUCCCUUUUCCACAAAACCUAAUAAUCGUAGAAUGAGAACAUGUACCUCAGUGACAAAAAAAAAAAAAAGAUCACACACUCUUUGUACAUCCUGUUGAUUUAAAAGAUGUGAAAGGAAAUGUGAGAUUUAAAAUAUAUAUACAUAUACAAGUAGCUGUCUGUUGAAAGGCAGUAUAAUGGUUUCUUUUAUUUUAAUCAGCAGAUCACAGGAUUCAAAUCACGCUAAAGCCAUGCUUCAUGCGCACAUGUUGUUAGUCAUAGAGUGUUCGUAUGUUAGUAGUAGCUAUCCCUACAUCUGUGUAAUCCAAAACAAAUUGAUUUGGUGUUUCACAUUAAUCAGUACACAAAUGCUUGCAAAAAGAUAUGAUUAGUAGAACAAGUACAGUUCUAGUGAUCCACAUGUAACAGUGGCAUGAUUUUCUUAUGCAAUGUGUGUCUAUGUUAGUGUAUGCCUGCGUGUGAGUGUGUGUGUCAAAAGUAUUUACAUUAAUCAAGGUUUGAAGGUUUGCCAGAUGGCUGACAGACAUUUAUGAGUGUCUUAAAACUGAUCAGAAGAAAACCUUUCACUAUAGAUUAUUAAUACAUAAAUGUUGUUGUAAAAGCCUGUUAUUUAAUGUAACAUGUGAUCCUUUGUUUUCUUCCUGACAUCCGAUGAUUUCUUUGAACGAGGCUACGCAUUACUUUAUGUAGGAGUUACGCCAUUAUGUGUGGGCCUUUUUACAAGAUUAAAAUGAGGACAGUUUCAUGUCUGUCUUUGGGGUGGAAAAUCUGUGACUAGCCUACUGUGAAAAAGCAAUUUCUUUUAUUUUCAACUUGUGUGUAUGGAGUGAGUCCAAAAACCCCUAACAGGCCUUGUCUUUGGUUUCAUGCUUUGCAUCAUGGAAAGUCUAGAAAAUGGAUUUUAUUUAUUGGUUUAUUUAUUUAUUUUUUCAUCUUGAAAGUCUUGUUUUCUGAAGUUCCAUCAAACGUUUGUUUUGUGUCUGGAACAUUUGCUCUUUAAGUCUUGUCCAGCUGCCAUGGACGUCUGUGCUGCUGCUUAGGACGUUGCAAUAGGACCAAUGAAGAAAAAAUGUCUUCAUCAUCUUUUUUUUUUGUUUGUUUGUUUUUGUAUGUGUGACCAUGAUUGAAAAGCUACAGGGGAUCAUUACACCCCUGCCAAGCAGACAACAAAAUCCCAGUCUUCCCUGGGACACUGGAUGCCAGAUGACUGGCCCCUUGCCCAUGCUGAGACAUUUAAUUUCACCACCUGUCCGGCCCGUAUUGACAGCAAACACGUUGCUUACACCGUAAUGUCUACACAUGCUUACUAACAUGAUCUAACACCCUUGUUCUCUGUAUUCAUUUCAUGGUGGACCCACGUAAAGACGUUUCCAAAGACCUGCUCGUCCUCGUCCAUUGUGUCUCGUGUAGAGGUACCUGUGUCAGUGAUUCCUUUUGUGGAUGCUUUGGCAUGCUUUUAUCUCUUACAGACGAUUCCAUUUACUACCAGAAGAUAAGCCUUUGCGACUCCUGUAGGUUAUUGUCAUUCUGUAAACCAAUAAUGUCAGUACUUGAAGAGAUACCAGCCACUUAAAAAAAGGUCUACAUGCAGAUUCAUUCAUUGGUUAUCGACUAGCUAAUCAUAUGAAAUAAAGCCUUUUAAAUAUC